AUGAUAGAACCAUAGGAGACGGAGUGAAGUCCACAAGUCACGCGAUCUAUCAGCAGCCUUCCGACUCAGUGCUCCGCAGCUGCUGUCGACCCUUUCUCUCUCUCCGCGGCUCGUGCUGUCCCAGGGUUCCGGCCAUGGCGGCUUUUGACGAGGACGAUAUCUUUGACGAUGACGGCGGAAUCGGCGACGAGCUCGCUUUUAUGAGCGCGGACGAUAUUAUUCGGCGAUCCAGACUGCUCGAUAACGAGAUUCGCGUCCUUAAGGACGAGUCUCAGCGCGUGCAUCUAGAGCACGAGUCGAUGAAGGAGAAGAUCAAGGAGAACCAGGAGAAGAUUAAACUCAACAAGCAGCUGCCGUACCUUGUUGGGAAUGUCGUUGAGGUCUUGGACGUUAACCCUGAGGACGAGACCCCGGAGGACGGCGCGAAUCUAGAUCUCGACUCCCUGCGCAAGGGCAAGUGCGUGGUGCUCAAAACGUCCACGCGCCAGACGAUCUUCCUGCCCGUGGUGGGGCUGGUGGAUGCGGACGCGCUGAAGCCCGGGGACCUGGUGGGCGUGAACAAGGACAGCUACCUUAUCCUUGACACGCUGCCCGCCGAGUAUGACUCGCGCGUCAAGGCCAUGGAGGUGGACGAGAAGCCCACAGAGGACUACAGCGACAUUGGCGGGCUGGACAAGCAGAUCCAAGAGCUAGUGGAAGCGGUGGUGCUGCCCAUGACUCACAAGGAGCGGUUUGCCUCGUUAGGCAUCAAGCCCCCCAAGGGAGUGCUGCUGUACGGGCCUCCUGGCACUGGGAAGACUCUCAUUGCCAGGGCGUGUGCUGCUCAGACCAACGCAACUUUCCUCAAACUGGCAGGGCCGCAGCUAGUGCAGAUGUUCAUAGGAGACGGUGCCAAGCUAGUGCGGGAUGCAUUCCAGCUGGCCAAGGAGAAGUCGCCCUGCAUCAUCUUCAUCGACGAGAUCGACGCCAUCGGCACCAAGCGCUUCGACAGUGAAGUGAGCGGCGAUCUGAGCGGCGAUCGUGAGGUGCAACGAACCAUGCUGGAGCUCUUGAGUCAGCUGGAUGGCUUCAGCAGCGACGACCGAAUCAAGGUGGUGGCAGCCACCAACCGAGCUGACAUUCUAGAUCCGGCUCUCAUGCGGUCGGGCCGGCUGGACAGGAAGAUCGAGUUCCCACACCCUACAGAGGAGGCUCGUGCUCGUAUUCUGCAGAUCCAUUCGCGGAAGAUGAACGUACACCCGGACGUGAACUUUGAGGAGCUAGCGCGGUCGACAGAUGACUUCAAUGGAGCUCAACUCAAGGCCGUCUGUGUAGAAGCCGGCAUGCUUGCCCUGCGCCGCGAUGCCACGGAGGUGACGCACGAAGACUUCAAUGAAGGAAUCAUUCAAGUGCAAGCGAAGAAGAAGGCUAGCCUCAACUACUACGCAUAAAUACAAUACCAUUGUCAAAUCUUCAACACAUUCUGUCUGGUACAUAGUCGAAAAUAUAUUUGGUGCUAAUCUUUGUGCAAUCACUACAGAUUCAUCUUGCGCCGCGUACACCAGAUCCUGCGUGCCUCGUCCUGUCCUGUCAGAGACGGCCCGCGGCGCACAGCUGCCUAAA